AAGUCGCACGUGACGGAACUGCGCCGAAAUAAGUAGCAGCUUCCCAACUGUAACCAACCUCACCCCACCCCACCCCACCCCACCCCACCGUCCUCAACAAUUCUGAAACCUUCUGCGUUUCUACUUUCUUCGCCUUCUCUCUCUAUUCCUCUUUCAUUGAUUUUUCUCCGCUUUCCCAUGUGUUCUAUCUUCUUAUUUAUUCUUAUUCCAAUUUGACUCCAAGAGGAGCUUCAUCGACAGGAUUGAGCAACUAUGUUUUGAAAUCCUAAGAUUUGGAUCCAUAAAGUUUUCUUGUUUCCGUUACAAGAUUGUCAUCACCUGAAGAUGUGAUAUUCAAGCUCUCAAAUAAUUCUGAUUGUUAUCUGCUCUUGUUCUUAUCCCCACAAGACAAAAGCAUCUCUGCAAUUUCUUGUUUGAUCUGAAAGAGUUUGUUCCAUCCAGUUAUUUUAAUUAGUGAGUACAGUGACAAUAUUGGCUCGCAGAGGUUGUCUAGCAUGGCCAAUGUUGUCAAUAAUAAAAAUGUGUCACGAAGGCCUUCGAUUGCUUCUGGCCCUAAAUCCGUUUUAAAUCAGUCUUUAAGACCAAUAACAUCACAUAAGUGGGAAAUUGGAAAGGGAACUGGUGUUCAGGUGGCAACUUUUCUUGCUAAAACGAUUGCAUUAGAGACUGUGCGGAGGUUAUCGAGGGCCAAAUGCCCAGUUCUCUGGACUGGACUGCAAGGGUUACAAGUACUUUGUUGUCCCCCAUUCAAAUGGGUUCAGCGCUGGAAACCUUUUGGCUUCUUGGUCCAUGGAAUGCAGAUGAUAUCACGGCCAUUAUUGGUUCUCUCUAUUGCAAAUGCUCUAUACGACCAUUCAGAGUGCAGCACUUUGGACUUGGACGAUGCUGAAAAUUCUCCUAGCCAUGAUGAUUCUCAAUUAGGUUCAGAAAAUCUUUCAGGACCCCCAUCUUUAGAGUGUAAUCAGAACAUGAGAAUUGGUGGUGAAAAUCGUGAAGGCCUUUUGUCUACAGACUGGGCUAACCACCUUUGCCACGAGCUUGAAACUCAGGGUAUUACUUUGCCUGAAAGAAUCAACCUAGAGGAACUGCAGAGAUUUUAUGUAGCUGCAGAUGGUGAUUUCUCGACCUUGCUAUCAUCUAUAAAGAAGACGAUAAAAUGGAGGGAGACUUACAGAAUUCUCUCUGGAGAGGAACUUGAGUUGUGGUCAAAUUUGAUCUUCUGGCAUGGACUAGAUGUGAAUCAUAGACCAUGUCUCGUUGUCCGACUUGGCCUUGCUUGUGUCCGAUUGCCAUCUCAUGAUAGACCUCGCUUUAUCCAGGCUCUUGUAUCUCAGGUGGAGCAUGGUGUCCUGCACUUGGUGGAUGGAGAAAAUCGUCAAAUUACUGUUCUAGUGGAUUGUCAAGGGCUGUCACCACUGAGGAUUCCCGUGAAAAUACUGAAACACUGCUGCAACAUUUUGCAAGAUCACUUUCCUAAUGUUUUGGGUGUUUUAGUUGUCAUCCGGCUUCCUUCAGUCGUCCGUGUUAUUGCCCAAACAUUCAUACAAGUUCUCAAACCGACAACUAAGCAGAAACUGAGUAUCGAAGGGGAUUCUUAUCAGAAGGUUCUCUCUGAACGUUUUCAAAGUGUUCCUUCAUAUCUUGGCGGACAAUGCACUUGCACGAGAUGUGCUAAGCUUCAAGGGGCCGGCGUUUUAUGCCAAAUUACAGAGAGGCGGACAAGCACCACAGAGCCGGUUUCAGAUGUUGUCUACAGUGAGGAGUUGCCUUUAGUGGAACCAACUGCUCGGUAUGAUAUGAUGAUGGAAAAUAACUGCAGUCAAACAAUACGGACUGCUGUUAUAGGCAUUCUCAUAAUCUGGGUGUUUAUCGCCUUGAUUGAGGGAAUAUACAACGCUGAAAGCCGCCCAGUACUGCCCAUCUGAUGCAUGUCUUCUUCUAUAACAGGUGGCGAAGUGAUGCAAUUUUUACAAAGUAUAGGUGUAUGAUUGGUGUUGUGACGAAGUUCAUAGUUAUGUCUUUUAUUUGGUUCGUGUAGAAUUAGUGGUGGAAGAUAGAUAUGUGGCGAGUGAAGUUCUUAUAGUGAAAUAAUGUGGUGCUUGCCGAAGUUGGGCAUAUUAUAGGUAUAAAAUAUAUUGAUAUCGAUGGUUCAA